UGUCCUGUGUGAAAGUUUCAAUGUCCUCACCUAAAUGCUCUCUGUGUCUGUCUGUGAAGGUUGCAGGCUCCGGAACGCAUGCUGUCCUUAGACGAGCCACUGGACCUGAAGGUGCCGAGGGGGCGGGUCAGUGGGCGGGACAGAGGCGCCAGGUCUCCACCCACUCCCUCUCCCAUUCACGGCAAGGGGGCGGGGCAGCUGCGGAUGGCAGACGACGGGACCGCCGUCAUCGUUCCAGCAUCUCCUGCCUCUCCACACACAGCAGGUGUCCUGCAGGACAAGUCGGAGACCCCCACACCGCCCGCCGUGGACCUGAGCAUGUCCCCGUCCUCCCGAAACACAGCCUGCUCUCCGGAUCUCUCCAAUGGAAACGGCUCAGCUCCCAUUUUCCCUGGGGACUCAGCUCAUAUCCGUUACAUGGAAGGAGGAGCCACAUCUCAAGCGUUCCAGUUCUUCGUGCCCAUUGGAGGAGGUGGAGGGCUUCACCUCCCUUCAUCGAUGUUCAUUCGGCAGCCCAAGGACACAAGAGCUUCUCCAGACCUCUCUGCAGAUGAACAGCUGGCCUGUCGCUGGAGGAAGUGCCACCUACUUUUUGACUCCUUGCAAGACCUGGUGGAUCACGUCAAUGACUUCCAUGUAAAGCCUGAGAAGAAUUCUGGGUACUGUUGCCACUGGGAGGGAUGUGCACGCAAAGGACGGGGAUUCAACGCCAGGUACAAGAUGCUAAUACACAUCCGUACUCACACCAAUGAGAAACCUCACCGCUGUCCCACCUGCAACAAGAGCUUCUCCCGACUGGAGAACCUCAAGAUUCACAACCGCUCACACACAGGAGAGAAGCCCUACAUCUGUCCAUACGAGGGCUGCAACAAGCGCUACUCCAAUUCCAGUGACCGGUUCAAACACACGCGCACACACUAUGUGGACAAGCCCUACUACUGCAAGAUGGUGGGCUGCUUGAAACGCUACACAGACCCCAGCUCCCUAAGGAAGCAUAUCAAGGCUCAUGGGCACUUUGUAGCCCAGGAGCAGGGAGGUCCGGGUGGGGUGGGCUCAAUGAUGAAGCCGGGGCAGAUCGCAGUGGCAGGGAAAGAAUCUGAGCUGACUUACGUCAGUGGGGCCCACAUCAUCAUUCCUGGUGCUGCCGCUGCUUUCCUGGGCAGUCACGGUCUGCAAGGUCUCAGAGGCUCCCUCCCCUUGUCCCCCCUCAGUCCCUGCCCCUUGGACUUGAGCACACUGGGCUGCCCAAGCUCCCCUCCAGCUGGGCUUGGGGGGACAUCCAUCCUGUCCUUCAGCGGUUCCCCGCUUGGUCUGACAAAGUCACACUUUCUGUCUCCUACCUUCUCAUCUUCCACGUUGGGGUUGCCCAUGGUGCCCAUUUUGGGCUCGGAGCGCAGGGACCAUGGCAAGGGCAAGGCCAGAGGCGAGGAGGGUGAGGACGAGAUCCAUGGCGGUGUGCUCAACCUGUCUACGGGGGCAUCCCACGACCCCCUGUCUUGGGUUGUCAUCCCUUCUGGCCCAGUGGUGCUGAAGCCAGCUGUGGUCAACUGAGCACCACAUUCCAGAGGAAUGGCAGGGGAAGGGUGGGGGUGGAACAGCGGUCAGAGGUCAGAGGCAAGCAUGUGGGGGGUUUUCACAAAGCAAAUGCAGUUAUGCUUGGAGGUGACACAAUCUUCUUCAACUUUUAGCGCUACUUCAGUUCUAAUUUGUACCUUAUGGUCGGACACAGCUACCUGUUUCUUGUGAUAACAGAGAUGGUAUCUUGAAGAAAAUUUUGCGUAACGAUUCAGAAAGUGGCCAAACAUUCACCUCCGUUCCUUUCUCUUUCUCUCUGGCUUAUCUUUUUACCAGGGUUGUCCAAUCCUGCUCCUGGAGGGCCACCUUCCUGGAGAGUUUAACUUCAGUCUACACCAACACACCUGCUUGGAAGUUUUGAGUAAUCCUGAAGAGCUUGAUUAGCUGUGUUUAAUUAGGGUU